AUGAGCUGCGCCGUCGCCGAGAUGGUAUACGGCACGUCCCUACGCCUCCCCGGAGAUCUUAUUUGCCCGUUGCCAGGCAGCACUGCUCUCUCACCAGCUGAAUACGUUUCGCGGCUCCGCCGUACUAUGGCCGCCCUUCGUCCAGCAACAUCUCGGCCCUCGCGUGUGCCCUCGGCCUUCCAGCAUCCCGACAUUGCCUCCUGCACACACGUCUUUGUGCGCUGUGACGCUGUACGGAAGCCCCUGCAACCGCCCUACACAGGCCCUCACCUCGUGCUGCGCCGUUCACCCAACUUUUACACCAUUCAGCUGAACGGCCGCGAGGACACUGUUGCCUUAGAACGGCUUAAGCCGGCAUACGUCGACGGUGUACCACCGUUGCCGCCCUCCUUCUCCGUGGAGCUACACCACGACUCACCCCCCACGGCAAGCUGUCCGCUCACUACUCCGGCUGCUCUUCCCCCACCGUCUCCCCGACUCAGACCGCCCCGACAAGUCACUUGGGCUCCCAAGCUCGUUUCUAUUCGCCAGCUUCCAGCGCUUGGCUAG